GUAGUUCUGUGAUGAAUAUGUUUAGUGAUUUUUCCUAGUUUUUAUUUUUCUCCUUCAUGUUUGUUCUUUGCAUUAUAAGAGCAAUCAUGCUGAAAGCAAACGAGUCCUCCUGGCUCGGUCACAAGUGGCUUUGUUCUCCCCCCUUCCAGUCCUUUCCUCCUGCAUUCAGCUGCCAUGGAGAUGAAAUAAAGCCUCUUGUGCUGAGAGUGGUCCUGAGAAAUUGUAGGCAACUACAGUUAAAGGAGAGAAGAUUUGGAAAAGGGUAUCCUCCUGGAUAGAAAAAAAGAAGAGUAGAUUGCCUGCAAAAAGGAUUGCUGCCUGCAGUGAUGUUUACCCUGUCAGAAGUCACUUUCUUCAAUGACAGCCUUGCCCAGUUCCAGUCUCUAAAGCCUUGGUGGGAUGUCCUGAUGGACUACUUGGUACUAGCAAUGCUGAUGAUUUCUCUUCUCUCAGGGACUCUACUAAUCUCUGUUGAUAACAUGACUUGUCUGCCUCUGAAUGUUAAGCUAAAUGAGACUUCAGCAGUUGUGCCCAAGUCUCGAGCUAUGGAUCAAACCAUCACUGAAGAGUUUCCUGUGGCAAACAGUCAUCGCUCAGUCAGUUUGGACUACCAACAGUAUUUAUACAUCAGCUAUGUCUGUUAUCAGAAAGUUCUGCCCUGGUUCGUGAAGUAUUUCCCUUAUUUUGCACUUGUCAAUUCACUGUUCUUAAUGGCAAGCAACAACUUCUGGUUCAGAUAUCCUAAGACUUCAUCAAAGAUUGAACACUUCUUGUCCAUUCUCAUGAAAUGUUUUGAGUCACCUUGGACCACCAAGGCUCUCUCUGAAAUAGGUUGCCAGCACUUCCUAGGUGUGCACAAAAAUACUGUUAAUAUUGGGUAUCCAGGACAACUCACAUCUUCCCCUUCCCCUAUCCUAGAUUCAAAGGAUCGGGAACUUGGCCAGGCCCUUUUUGAGAAGAUCCGUAGAUUUAGGGCACACACUGAAGCUGGUAGGGUGAUUUAUAGGAUCUAUAUGGGACAAACAAUCUUCAAAACUGCAAAGGUUCUAACUGUGCUGGGUUAUACCUUCAACUGUGUAGGAUCCAUCUCCUUCAAGCAUGUUUGCUGGGCAGACAUAGAGAACCUCAUUGGCUACUCUACAUUCCUCUGUACCCACAGUAUGGCUUUCAUUCUACAGAAAUUGAUAGCUACUUAUAUUUUUUUAGUAUUUCUGUAUGGGGUUGUGGGGGUUUAUUCACUCCUGUGGCUUUUGUGGCAACCACUGCAGAAGUAUUCUUUUCAGCAAGUGCACGAAGAUUGUCAUGUCUUUGAUAUUCCAGAUGGACAGAAUGAUUUUGCUUUCUUGCUGCACAUGGCUGACCAGUGUAAUCAGCUCUACUCAUGGCGCCUUGCUAUUUUCUUCUCAGCCAUGCACAAGAGUGACAUGCUGGAUGUGGUCCACAGUGGUAAACUGGAUACUGAAGACCGGGUUGGAUGCCAUUAUCCUGCCCCGUCAUCAAAAUAAAAACAGAUAUUCUUAUAAAUAAAUGAAUAAGCAUUCUAACAAAUCCUUCACAAACUAUCUUGUUGAUUAAAAAGGCCAGAGCUUGGGUGUUUCUGUUUCAGGUGCCGUAAAAAUACAGAUGUGAUCCACUUGCCAGAACUGAAAAAAAUAUUUGAAAAUUAUAUAUAAUAAACUAAGAAAUGCUCUUUGAAAAUAAAACAUCCAGAUUAAUUCAGGAUUCAGACAAAAAUCUUGUAGGCUGCCUGUAUCUCUUUUUUUUUCUCCCCUAUGUCAGAGAGGAGUUACACCUUGCUAAAGUUAUGCCUUACGAAAACAGAAAGAUAUACUGGAAGCAAGUCACUUGAUAACAAGCCAAGAAUGAAACAUUUAUCACAAGAGAAAAUAAGUUUAGGAACUGAUAAGUGGAUAGAUAAACAACCAGGUCAUAAACUGACCGUAGUAGGCUUUGGGUAAAAUAAAACAGCUGGUCUGACUGCUGUUAACUUAUUGGUAAGUACCUCAGUUUAAAAAAAACCAGUGCUUCUUAUUUUACAAACAUAAAAGGGAGUGCACUCUAUAAAUUGAAAGCAGAGGAAGUGGAGGAGGAGGAAUGCCAAUCCUGUUCCUCCAUAGGAACUAAAUGAGCAGAAACACACACAACAAAAUUCAGGCUAAAUCCAGG